ACUUUUCGUAACCGUCUCUCGAAAGUGAAACCACGUUGGAACUCGUCUGGAUUAUUUGAAUUUUAUUCUUGGAAAUAGUAUUCUAAACCAUCUCUCACGAUGGAGAUUAUGGAAGAAGGAAAUUUGAUGGACAGAGUUCCAAUUUUGAUGGAGCGGGAUCUACAGUACUAUCAGGACAACCAAAAAGUGCUGAUGGAGAUCGUUUGCCCCGGAGUAGUCGGCGGAAAACUCGACUUCCCCCGGUCCGCUUCGUUCGCGUCGGUGAAGAUCGUUACCUGGCUCGAGGAUGAGUACUUUGCCGCCUACCGGAAGAACUCCGGUUUGCUACAUCUGGCCGACGUGCUGCAGCAGGACCAUCAGGGGAAAGGUGAGGCCGACGAGGCUGCUGGUUGCGGUGGCAUAGUCAAGUCGUCUGAUCCGGAGAAGUUCGUGCUGUUGGUGGUCAAAUCGGUGGACAACAUGCUGGAGCACAUCCACACGCUGUCCCAGGAAGCUUUGGAUCAUGCGGAUUUAACUGUGCUCACGGCAACUAUUGGCGCCGCAGCUCUGGUCAAGAAUGCUCUCUUCGUGUGGCUUGGUUGUGUCACCAAGAACGUGUGUCCGCCUAAGGGAGACGAGAAGGGCGGAUCGCUCAAGAUGAGCUACAAACAGUUCUCGGAGAUGACGGAAGCGCUGGCCGAGCGAUUGCUGGAUUUACACUGCCGGUUGCUCAAUUUGUACAUCAUGCAAGAUGCCGACUGCCUUCAUUGGGAAAGUCAGCAUCCAUUUUUCGAAUCCGAACGAGGAUCUUACACCAUCCAAAUGUGGUGGCUGUAUAUGCAGGGCACCAAACAGGAUCUCUGGAACUCGGUUCCCCCGACUAUGGCACAGCGAGUAUUUGCCGGAAUGCUUAAUGAAACUUUAACAGUCUUAACAGUCCGUUACACCCAAACCGUCCCAAGUCGUGCCCGGUCCAUGCUUCUGCUUGUGGACGUUUCAAAUAUCUUGCUCUGCGUUGGCGAGCUUCUGCCGGCCAUCUGCGAGAAUGGGGAAGCUUUCGUUGGACUCAACAUCUCCAACCAGAGUAAGAUCAUUCGAGAUAUUCACUCCAAGUGUCAGGAACUUUUCUGCUGUUUGUUGCUGAGAGGCGUACCCCUGGGAAUCCUCUAUAAGAUCACCAAGAAGGGUGUCAACUCGAUUGCCAUGUUUAACCAACGGCAAGGUCUCAUCACACCUUGGGUAAUCUUUGCCCACCCGAAGUUGUUCCCCACCAAUCAGAACGGGUUGUGGGCGACACGUUGCUCGGAACUUCCAACAAACACGGCCAUCUCCCUCGAGUUGAAUGUCUUACUGGCUGCACCCCAAUGUAGUUGGUGGCUUCUGCUCAAGGUGCUACUGAUGAGAGAGGCGUAUCUGUCAUCGAUGAUAUUUCAUCAUCUGAUAAAGAAUCUUCCAUCGGGGGACAAUUUUAUUCCAAGUUCUAGUCAACCGUCAAUCAACAAGGAAUCGAUGUCCAAAAAGUGUGGAGGGUUUCUCUGCGGCUUGGAGUGUAAUGAUAUCGUUCAGUGGUCCCUGGAGCAGCUUGAUCCCAUAGGUCAAACCAACUACCAGGUGCUGAUGGGCUUAACCUACAUCGUGAUCAUGGCCGGAAAAUCGUCCGAUGUGAACAAAACCCUCAUUUCCGCACUAGAGAAAAGCAAAAUGAACGACUGGGCCUCCUGUUUGGAUCGUCGCCAGGUGUGGAAUCAGAAGCGUCCCCCAUGGUUGGAGGCAAUCCUUCAUCUGGUCUACCCCAUUUUGGAUCCGAUCAUUCAAAUGCUGAUCUCGGCCGUUCAAACUACGGCCAGCGUCUAUCAAGCCAUGUCCUUGUCACUGUCCUGCUUCUCGGAAAUGUGGGACUGCAUCCCGGAUUGCAUGUACACCGUUGUUAGUUGUUUGACCGAGAUACUUCCGGCAGAAAUUCGACCACUAGGGGAUUCCGUUCUGAUACAACUACUUUACAUGGCAUUGUAUUCGAAACUUCUGGAGGCGGCUGAAGUAGAAGCUGAAGCUGAGCUGAAGGAACAACGGGAAGCGAAGGAAUCUGGCCAACCGGCAGCUCAGCCGCAGCCCGAGGGUUAUGUUUCAACGAUCAACAUGAAACCAAGGUCAAUAAUUUGUCAAACGCUUGCUGAAGCUAUCUGUUUCAUCGAUGAAGACAACAAGCACACGGAUCAGAUCAAUGCGCUGAUCAAUCAGGCUCGCGAAAGUCAACGAGCUACCAACACGCUCGAGAGUGAAAUGGAAGAAGCGGUUGGGUUGAGUUUUGCGAGCACUUCGAAGAUCGAUGAGCUUGAUGCGUAUGUUCAACAUACGCCGAGCGUCCGAUCGGAGGAAGAAUUUGACGUCGAAAAUGCUGAAUACAUUGCGGAAAUGUUGGUCAGCGAUGUUGUCAUGACCGGAGUUGGAAAAAUAAGCAUGAAGAUGAUCUACCAAUACAUCAAGAAGAACUUCGAAUGGAUUCUGCAGCAGCUGGGUGUCAGUGAAGUUGAAAUUAACCCUCUUCAGCCGCAUCCGGGUCAAAAUAUCAAGGAAAAGCAGCAAACGCUGAUCGAUGUGAUGUUUCAUAUUGGGAACAAAUCCUUUGAUCAGCUUCUAAGUGGGCAGCUAGACAUCGACUACAACAGCUGGUUCCAAACGCCGAUGUCGAUGAGUGCUGAGAAAGCUUGGCUCCAGGUUUCCCAACGUUGGGAGUUUCAGCCGACGGCCAAACUCUCCGUUCACGAAGCACUGAUGGUGUCGUAUAUCACUUCCGCAUUGAAACCAUAAUUUCUAUAAAAAGAUUCUAUAAUUACAACCGUUUAAAAGAUAUAUUUAAAUCUUCUCGUUCUGGUUGGUUAGAAUUCCAUUCACCAAUGUUUACAUCAUAACACUGUAUAUUUAGAAUUUGGAAGUUUUCUCGUUGAUUGUUAAAAUAGUCAUCCAAAUAAAUUAAAAACACUUUUUACGACCAAAACGUUGCAAACCAUCAUUCAAAAGAAAACUACAAUUAAAUCCUCAAUUAUAAACUAAAGUAGCAGACCCGCUGUGCUUAUCUACCCCUUUCGUAAAAAAUUGAGUUUGGUCAUAGCUUUUUUUAAACUAAAUCUCUAUAUUAUUCAAAUGCGAACUUUUUUUAUGGAAGCUGAGCUUCUAGUUUUAUGUUUUGAGGCUCAAUGAAGGUUAAAAGUUUGAGAAGCCACCAUUUUCAAAAAAAGGAGAAGAGGUUUUCAAUACAAUAAAUAAUCACUGUAAAAAUCGCCCCUUUUGAAGCAGGAGUCUUUGAAAACAGGCAAAUUUCCACUAAGUCGAAAAGUGUGACAAACUUCAUGAAAAACACUAAGUAGUUGGUUUUGUUGAUAAUAUGUAUGCUUCAAUUAUUGAAUCCAUAAAAAGUAAGUGAAGUAUUUUACUCUAAACUCAAAAUUUCAAAUUCAUAGUCAAAUAUUGAUGAUUGAGGUUAUCAAGAUUAACAAUCUUGACUCAGAACUGACGCCAAAACCUCAAAAACUGAUCACAGAAUUCCGCUAUAGUUUCAAAAAAAUUUGUUGUUGUUAGAAAUUCAUUUCUGAUUUUAAAUUUAAAAUGAGAUAGGUUACUCAUUUUUGAGGAUUUGGUAACAUUUUAACAAAACCAAAUUAUUUUUCGGUUUGCAUAUUUCGUUUUUUUUAUCCAGUUAAGGAUUCUUAUGUUUAGUUCUAAUCAUCACAAGAAAUUAGAAAUGAAAAUCUGUUUCGAAAUCCCGGUUCCAAUUUGGUUUCAUCAGUUUGAAAAAACAUGAUUUGUAGUUUUGAAAACCAUGAAUUUAUAAUGAAAUAGUCAUGGUUUCCAAAACUCGAAUUCUCGAUUUUUCAAAACUAAUAAUUUUCCUCAUGAUUUUUGAAAUCCAAAUGCAUUCGAAUGCUUAAAUAAUAAUUUUCCAAAUAUGAAAAAAAGAGAAUUAGAAACCCUCCUGAGUUUUUGUUUCAUAUUUAAAUCCGAAGUUCUUGAAUUUAAUUUAUAUGCAGAACUCAAACCUAAUAAAACUUCGUAAUGGCGAUUCCAAAUUGAAAAACUAAAAUCAAAUUCAUUAUUUGAAAUUCAUUUUUUCCAGGCGCACAUUUUGGAUCUUAAAUAAAUAAUUGAAAUAAUUAGUUCAGAUUGAAACCAAAACAUCAGAGUUAAAAUUACAGAUUCAUGAAACAAAAUUCAAUUCUUGGCUCAUAUCUAAAAUUCUGAUCUGGAAUUGUGACCCAACAUAUUUUUAAAUUUCAAAAAGCGUUUUGAAACUUAAAAAAUAGAUUCAAAAUUUAAAUUUUGAAUUCAGGUUCAGACAGAUUCAGAUUAAAAUUAAAAAAUCAGAUUCUGAUUAAACUCGUAACUAAGUUUUUAAAUAUGGAAUUGGUUUUUAAGGAAAAUACUUGGUGGUGAAAACAUGUAAUCUUCACUUUAAAAAAAUUUGCAAGGAAUUCUGUAUUUUCUAAGUCUAUUGUUUAAGAUUAUUCAAAAUGCAGUUUUUUCUAGAGAUAAUUUUUAAACUAUAAUCUUAAGUUUGGAUCAAGUAUGCAAUAAUCAGGUUUUAAUCGUUAAUUUUUAAUCUUUUCCUUUGACUUUGGAAAAUUUGAUUUAUUUAUAUUGAUGGUUUAAGUAUUUCAAUUUGCUCAAGAGUUUGAUAGUUUCAGUAUAUUUGAUAUGAGCAUAGAAUAAAUUAUUUUCAAGAAAUUUAAGACUUUUAUUUUACGCUCAAAUCAUAUGAAUUAAAUCUACUAGACUCUGGAGUACAGAGAACAGAGAUUUUAACCAUCGGUAAAAAAACAUACAACAACAACAAUAACAACCAUCGGUAAAAGUUAGUUCCUUUUUUCGAAACAAAAAUCUUUAUAAAAAAAUGAACUAAGCAUUUCAUUGAUUUUAAGACAUAUUUGUAACUUUUAUUUACGAAAAUCUAUUAAUGUGAAAGAAAUUAAUAUGGAUAAUAAAUUUUUUUUUGUGUUUGUUAUUUUA